GAAGCUGGCUAGAGCAUGAAGCGGAUGCUGGGCUUGAUUCUCGCCCUGUGUCUGGUGGUGAAGACAGCCCUGGGUGUUUCCCAUAUCAAGGAGCCUCUUGUGGUCACCAAAUAUGGGAUCCUUCAAGGAAAGCAGGUGCAUGUGGGCAAGAUGGCCAUCAAUGUCUUCCUAGGAGUCCCCUUCUCCAGACCUCCUGUAGGUGCCCACAGAUUUGCUCCUCCAGAACCCCCGGAACCCUGGAGAGGAAUUAGACGCGCUACAAACUACCCCCCUGGGUGUCUUCAGGAGUCCUGGGGGCAGGUAGCCUCCAUGUACCUAAACACGCGGAAACAGUACCAGUGGCUGAGCUUCAGUGAGGACUGCCUCUACCUGAACGUGUAUGCGCCGGUGCACGCGCGAGGGGACCCACUGCUGCCGGUGAUGGUCUGGUUCCACGGAGGCGCCUUCCUGGUGGGCUCCGCUUCCACCUACGAGGGCUCAGAGUUGGCAGCGCGGGAGAACGUGGUGCUGGUGUUUCUGCAGUACAGGCUGGGCAUCCUGGGCUUCUUCAGCACUGGUGACAGUCAAGCCCGAGGGAACUGGGGGAUGCUGGACCAGAUAGAGGCUCUGCGCUGGGUGCAGGAGAACAUUGAGGCCUUUGGUGGAGACUCCGACAGAGUGACAUUGUUUGGCCAGUCUGCUGGAUCCAUGUGCAUCUCAGGACUGCUGAUGUCACCCCUAGCUGCGGGUCUCUUCCAUCGGGCCAUUUCCCAGAGUGGCACUGCGAUGUUAAAAAACUUCAUCACUCGUGACCCACUGAAGGUGGCCAGGAAGAUUGCUCGCCAGGCCGGCUGCAACCAUAACAACACAAGGAUCAUGGUGGAUUGUCUGAGGGCUCUAUCAGAAGCCCAGGUGAUGCUUGUGUCCAAGAAAAUGAGUUUCUUCCAAGUGAACUCCCAUAAAGAUCCUCAAGAUAUUAUAUGGUUCCCGAGCCCAGUGGUGGAUGGCUUGGUGUUACCAGACGACCCUGCUGUGCUCAUGGCCCGGAGGCAGGUUUCACCUGUGCCCUACCUUCUAGGUGUCAACAGCAUGGAAUUCAACUGGAACUUGCCUUAUAUCAUGAAGUUCCGGGUAACCACGCAUGUAAAGAACAGCAAAUUCCUCGCCAAGCUGCUCUGGAGUGCCAGCACCCUGCUGAAUAUCACUAAGGAGCAGAUACCACUGGUGGUGAAGGAGUAUGUAAGUGACGCCGAUAAGCACGACUGGAAGACGCUCAGAAGCCAUUUGCUAGACCUAGUUGGAGAUGCCACCUUCGUGUACUCCACGCUGCAAACUGCCCGCUACCACCGGGAUGCUGGCUUUCCUGUCUACCUAUAUGAGUUUGAGCGCCAUGCUCCCCUGAACAUAAUUGUCAAACCUCGCAUUGAUGGAGCAGACCAUGGGGAUGAGCUUUCCUUCAUCUUCGGAAGCCCUUUCUCCAAAGGCUCAUCCACGGGUGAAGAAAAAGCAUUCAGCCUCCAGGUCAUGAAAUACUGGGCCAACUUUGCCCGUACAGGGGACCCCAAUGAUGGGAAGCUGCUUUACUGGCCACGCUAUGACAAGGAUGAAAAAUACCUGCAGCUGGAUUUUACCACAAAAGUGGGUGUGAAGCUCAAGGAGAAGAAGAUGGCUUUCUGGCAAAGGCUGCGGCAGCCUUCGACACUUUAG